AGUCCUCGCCCUGGCUCAGGACCCGUGAACCCACUUUGCACGUGGGCCGGGCACGCCACUUUUCCCAGUCAGGGACCUGGGCCCCAGCGCGCGCCCCCGAGGGCCCCGCGGAAAUGCCCUGGCCCACCCGCCGGAAGUGACGUAACGCCACGUCCUAGCAACCGUUGCCAAGGAGCUCGUCUCUAGGAACCCACUAGAGCCUGGAUGCCUCCUGCGGGGGGGAAAAAAGUGGUUUCUUGACGAGAAUUUGAGUUAUAAGACCUAAUUAUGAGCGAUCAAAUCAAAUUCAUUGUGGACAAUCUCAAUAAGGAGCCUUUUAGGAAGAACUAUAAUUUAAUAACAUUUGAUUCCCUGGAGCCAAUGCAACUAUUGCAAAUUCUCAAUGAUGUUCUGGCUGAGAUUGACCCAAAGCAAGUUGUUGAUAUCAGAGAGGAGAUGCCAGAGCAUACAGCCAAAAGGAUGUUGAGCCUUCUUGGUAUCCUUAAAUACAAACCUCCAGGAAAUGCUACAGACAUGAGUACCUUUCGUCAGGGUCUGGUGAUUGGAAGUAAACCUGUAAUUUACCCAGUGCUCCACUGGCUUCUUCAGAGGACUAAUGAACUGAAGAAAAGAGCAUAUUUAGCUCGUUUUUUAAUAAAACUUGAGGUACCAAGUGAGUUUCUUCAGGACGAAACAGUGGCUGAUACCAAUAAACAGUAUGAAGAGCUGAUGGAAGCCUUUAAAACUUUGCAUAAAGAAUGUGAGCAACUCAAGACAUCUGGAUUUUCUACAGCAGAAAUAAGAAGGGAUAUCAGUGCAAUGGAGGAUGAAAAGGAUCAGCUCAUUAAGAGAGUUGAACGUUUGAAGAAAAGGGUGGAGACAGUUCAGAAUCAUCAACGGAUGCUUAAAAUAGCAAGGCAACUUCGAGUUGAAAAAGAGAGAGAAGAAUUUCUUGCACAACAGAAACAGGAACAAAAGAAUCAGCUAUUUCAUGCGGUGCAGAGACUGCAAAGAGUACAAAAUCAGCUGAAAAGUAUGCGCCACGCAGCAGCAGAUGCAAAGCCUGAAAGUUUAAUGAAGAGACUAGAGGAAGAGAUAAAGUUUAAUUCUUAUAUGGUAACUGAAAAAUUCCCUAAAGAAUUAGAGAGCAAGAAAAAAGAAUUGCAUUUUCUACAAAAAGUGGUUUCAGAGCCUGCCAUGGGCCAUUCUGAUCUUCUUGAACUAGAAUCUAACAUAAAUGAAAUAAACACACAGAUAAAUCAGCUGAUUGAAAAGAAAAUGAUGAGAAAUGAGCCAAUUGAAGGCAAACUCUCACUAUACAGGCAACAGGCAUCCAUCAUUUCUCGUAAAAAAGAAGGCAAAGCUGAGGAACUUCAGGAAGCGAAGGAGAAGUUAGCCAGCCUAGAGAGAGAGGUAUCAGUGAAGACAAAUCAGACCCGCGAAUUUGAUGGUACUGAAGUUUUGAAGGGAGAUGAGUUCAAACGAUAUGUCAGUAAACUUCGAAGCAAGAGUACAGUUUUCAAAAAGAAGCAUCAAAUAAUAGCUGAAUUUAAAGCUGAAUUCGGUCUCUUGCAGAGGACAGAAGAACUUCUUAAGCAACGGCAUGAAAAUAUUCAACAUCAACUGCGAACUAUUGAAGAGAAAAAGGGCAUAUCUGGAUAUAGUUACACUCAGGAAGAGCUGGAAAGGGUAUCUGCACUGAAGAGUGAAGUCGACGAAAUGAAAGGCCGAACACUAGAUGACAUGUCUGAAAUGGUAAAAAAACUGAAUUCACUGGUGUCUGAAAAGAAGUCAGCUCUAGCCCCAGUUAUAAAAGAACUACGACAGUUGCGUCAGAAAUGUCAAGAACUAACCCAGGAGUGUGAUGAAAAGAAAUCCCAGUAUGAUAGCUGUGCAGCAGGCCUCGAAAGCAAUCGGUCCAAAUUAGAACAGGAAGUCAGAGGACUCCGUGAAGAAUGUCUUCAGGAAGAAAGUAGAUACCAUUACACAAAUUGUAUGAUUAAGAACCUAGAAGUACAACUUCGUCGUGCUACUGAUGAGAUGAAGGCUUAUGUUUCUUCUGAUCAACAAGAAAAAAGAAAGGCAAUUAGGGAGCAGUAUACAAAAAAUAUUGCUGAACAGGAAAACCUUGGAAAGAAACUCCGAGAAAAACAAAAAGCUGUACGAGAAAGUCAUGGUCCAAAUAUGAAACAAGCGAAAAUGUGGCGUGAUUUUGAACAAUUGAUGGAAUGUAAGAAACAGUGCUUUCUGAAACAACAAAGCCAAACUUCCAUUGGUCAGGUCCAGGGAGUGUACCAGAAUGGUCUGAGAGCAUUGUUCAAAGGCUUGUGGAACUCAAACCGGAUCUUAAGAAAUUACAAAAUGCUUCACUUUCCUCUUUAGAUUAAUACUUUCUAUCAUUUUGCUUUAUUUAUUUCCAUGGGCAGCAAUAAUAAAAGAAGCCAUUUCAUUAAACUAUCAAAUCCAAAUGUAUUAUUCUGCCUUAUUAGUUUAUAUAACAUAUAUAAAUUUUCUGGAAGAUUUUAAGCUCUGGUCAUUUUCCAAGUAUGAUUAUUCCUUAAGGUUUUAGGCUAACAUGAUGCAGAGCACUUUUGGUAAUUGGAGUAAAAUAAAAGCCCAAAUAUGUUGCUCCAACUAAAAAUGUAUAAAUUUGCUGAAUUCUCCUGAAUUGAAUCUGAAAAUACGCAGUAAUGGAUAACUUGCCAAAGCUGCCUUUACAAAGGCAAAAUCAAGUUUGGGUUGAAAAUGACUUCGUAUGGAGAUGUGUGUCUUCUAGAAACCUCUGUGUCAUAUGCAGGCAUUUUCCCUAAAUUAGUGACUAAUGAGCAUGAAUCAAAGACUUGUUUCUACAAAUGGUUCUAGGCGCUUACAUCAUUCCCCUUGUUUGGCACAAAGGAGUGUUUAGCCCUAGGGAGUGGGUAAGUAAGCAGCCUGAUGAUUAACUUUCAUUAAACUUGGUUAUUUCAAUAACUUACCCAUUGUCGUAGUGAAGGUAAGAUCUAGAUUAUGUAUACAACGAAUCCUUCUUUUUUAAACAAUCUGUGGCAGCCAGGAGAUUUUUUUUAAAGGCACUUUGAUUAAAUUUGUAAUUGUUUCUCCAGCCAGGAGGAGUCACUGGCUUCGCUCCUCCUCCCUUUCCUUUUAAUGAGAGCAGCUUAAUUAGAGCUGUUUAGUAUAUGGCAGCCAGGCAUGAGGUGAACACUUUGUCUGGGACGGAUAGAGAGGGAUCUUUCAAAGUUAUCUGUGUAUUUUCAAUCUUUGUCCCAUCUUGAGACAAUAUUAAGAAGAGAAAGUUGUCUAUAACAAUCAUUUAGUCCCAUCCCAUCCUUACAAAAGAAAUAAAAACCUAAAACACAGAAUCCAAACAAGUGUUUUGUGAAAGACUUGGACAAACGUGCUUUCUGCUCCUAUGCUCCCUCUUUUGGCAAAAACUGGAAGUACUUUCUCGGCAAACACGGAUAAUUUCACAAUUUCCUCUCUAGAAUUGCUGAGCGACUUGAGUCACCAAACUUGGUUUACUGCUAUGGAAAUUCACUAUUCAGAAUUCAGGAGGAGAUUAAAGAUUUCUGCUUUUCAGUGAAAGUAGUAGUUUCCACCUCGGUUCAGAGUGUAACAGCAGGUUCCCUGCAGGGCUGCCGCUUGACCCUGCACGUGGCACACAGCCAUAGAACUUUGGAGCUUGAAAAGAACCUCAGAAUGAGUCGUGCAAUCAUUUAUUAAACCGGGACCUUCGAGAGCUCUCUCUCAGUACCGCGGCUAUUGCAGCAGACCACUUUCCAGCCACAGUAGA